AUGGAUAUAUUUUUAUUUAAACGAUCUGAAUAUGAACGUCGAUACACUUGCGAGAAUGUUACUGUUGGGCAAGUACCUCUAAAACAACGUCAAAGUCUGAUCCUUGGGAGUAUAACGAUGAUUAUGUUUAUAUUCUAUCAUAUUCUCUACAUUCCUUGUAUCUUGUCUUUAUCCAAAAAUCUUAAAUCUCCUUGCUACAAGCUUUUAUUCUAUAUCGGAAUCGUUGAUAUAAUCGGUCUUUGGAUUACUGGAUUUGAGACGGCCCUUUUCGGACUGCUUGGUUUUGUUUAUUGUUCAUCUCCUGUUUUAAUGUAUAUUAGUGGAUGUUUUGCAUGUGCUGUUUGGGGAGCGGAGACAACGGCGGAGGCAGUUUUGGCAUUUAAUCGUUGUUUGGAUAUGCUAUUUCCUCGUAUAGCUAAAUUGUUAUUUGAAGGUAUUUUGGGGAGAAGACGAACUCUCCUUUGGCUGUUAGCCAUUACCCUAUAUGGCUUCAGUUGGCUUUUUUAUGCCACCCCGGCAUUGUUUACUGGAAUCCAUUUUUCUUGGUUUUUCAACCCCUAUGUUGGUGGGUACAAAAAUACUACAGAAAAUUAUGUCUGUGUUUUCGAUGCUUUUCACAACAUUACAAUGGCUAUCUUCCUUCCAGUAGUAUACGGCGGAUUUUUAAUUGCGCAUUUUGCUUAUAAGCGUACACGUUUUUCUAAUACUACAAUUUCUAAGACUGAUAUAGAGAUAAUCAUUCAAGUAUUUAUCAUUAGUCUUUUAAAUUUCGGAGCUGCUACACUUUUUAUUUUAAUGAAUCACGUCCAAAUAACUGAACCCUAUAUUAUCGUAACUCAAUUCUUUUGGUUCCACGUUCAUGGUUUUUUCCAAAAAAUUAAAAAAAAUUUUUUAUUAAAGGUUUCCCUCCUAUAA